GUGGUCGCAUCAUGAAAGUAGUUCUAUCCUCCAUAUUGGAUAUCCUUUCCGACUUAGUGAGGACAGCAUCCGAACAAAACUUGACAGUAUUCAUCAGUUGGAUCAUUUAUAAUUAUUAUUUAUUCUAUGGUAAGGUAGAUUCUAGCAAGGCCAACCUAGAGGUUACAUGGCCACAUUGAUUCGAUGAUCCAAAAAAUAUAGCACUGAAAAGGAUUUUAGGAACUGUCACGAAUAUCAGUAAAAAGUAAACUUCAGUUAAAAAGUGAGUGGAACACACGAACUGCAAAGGCACGAGUCCACGAUGAAUAGAAGAGGAAAACCAAGGCCAAACGCUGGUCCCAGAACUACACGAAUGAGAGGAGGACAAGUGGAUAAAGCAUUAUAUACUGAAGGGGUAUAUGGAAAUGCCCGGUUCACACAUGCAGUAACAUCUUUAGUGGGCUGCAAUGUUGAAGUUAUAGUUAAGAAUGGUGGGAAAUAUGAAGGAGUUAUGAGAACUUUUUCUCCAAAGAUGGAGAUUGUUCUGGAGUGUGUGCACAAAAUAGAUGACACAGUCAAUAACAUGGUGAACACCACCCCUUCCAAAGACCAGAUCAUAGACAAAGUGGUCUUUAAAACACAAGAUAUUCUCAUGCUCACGGCAUUAAAUGUAGACAUGGAGUAUGCAUAUAAAGAUUCAUUUACGGACUCUGCUAUAAGCAAGUUCAAUGGUCAGGUGGGGGAGAAAGAACUAGAACCAUGGGAGGCAGAGGGACCCCUCUGUGAGCUAGGAGCACUGGAAGGAGAUUCAGCUAAUGGUUGGGAUGCCAACGAUAUGUUCAGAACAAAUGCAGAAGUUUUUAAUGUGAAAACAUCGUAUGAUGAUUCAUUAACUCAAUAUACAACUCCAUUAGAGCGUAAAAAUACACCAGAAUUCCGCCAAAGACAGGCUGAGGCAGCCAGACUAGCAGCAGAGAUAGAAUCUAGUGAUCAGUACAAAGCACAUAUAGCAUUAGAAGACACAGGGAGUGAUGAGGAGGAUAAAUUCAGUGCAGUAGUCAGGCCAGGGGAGUCCAACCACUCUGGCAGCAAGUCUUUCAGAUAUGUGCCACCUCAUAGGCGAAGUGGUCCCCAGACUCGCGGCAAUCGUGGAGGACCUUCUCCAACACAAGUUGCUACACAACAGCAACAACAACAGAAACCCUCUACUCCCACAGAGGAGACACAGCCAAAAAUGAAUGGAGAAAAAGAAGAAAAGAAAACAGAAGUAGAUACAGUUAGUAAAACAAAUAAUACAGAAGUAAGUCCACAGCUCCCAGUAGAAGAGACCUCUCCAGGGGGCACCACCAGUCUGCCAGCACCACUGCCACAGAGUGAGAAGAGUGCAGUGAAGAUGGACAGGAGGACUAAUCCGACUAAUCAAAAAGCUCGGCAAGACCAGAUAAAAGAACUUAAAGAAUUUAGUACAAAUUUCAAAUUAUCAGACAAAGACCAUUCUAAGGAAGAAACAGGACAGCAGGCAUCACCUGAGAAAGAUAAGUCAUCAGAAACGUCAAAGGCUGCUCCUUCAGAUGACAAAAAGUCAGAAACAGCAACACCAGAAAAUAAAGAUGACACUGUGAAAAAGUCAACAUUGAAUCCCAAUGCUAAGGAAUUUGUUUUUAAUCCAAAUGCAAAGCCCUUUCAACCUAAGCAAGCCCCUACACCCCCUAGGCCAAAUUCUCAAAGUCCACUGAUCCAGACCCCAGUGUUUCAACAGCCAAUGUACCAGCAGUUUAUGCCUGCCAAUGUUGCCAUGUCUCAAAUGGGAAUGGCUGGCAUGCCACAGCAACCCAUGCUGCAACCUGGACAACAGCAGAGAUUUGUGAAAAGAGCUGAAGUGUCAGUCAAUCCAAGACCCAACUUUAGCUCUCAGGCUGCUGCAGCUAAUGCUGUCACUGGUCAGCCACUUAUGGCUCAGCCUGGACCUAAUCAGGCUACACAGUUCUUACCUGCAGGAGUGUACCCUGUACAACCAAUGGUUCAUCAAGGAAUGGUCAACCCAUAUCCUCAACAGGUAAUAAGUAUGAGUAACCACAAUACUGGUGCCACACCUGUGAUGUCAACACAACAGCUUAAUAUGGUGCCAAACUCUCAAGGGCAGACAGAGCAUGGAGCCCAAUUACUAGUCCAACAUCCAGGAGCUUCAGCUGUGCCUGCACACAUGGCCGCCCACCACCAUGGGGGCCAUCCUCACCCACAGCCUGCCCACAUGGCCCCACACCAUCAAGGGACGCCUCCACACACAGCAGGCGGAGGUGGAGGACAGAUGACACAUCAACCAGGGCACCCAACUCCUAGCCCUGUCCAAGCUGGAGGCCCCCAACAGAUGCACCCUCAGCAUCCCCCACCCUCAGGCACACCACAGCAUGUUAUAUUCCCGGCGGGCCCACAGGCGGGACAACAGGGGCAACCAGUUCAUCCAAACACACCCACUUCACCUCAGCCAAUGCACCAAGUCUCCUUCCCAUAUAGUUACUCCACAACCAUGAAUAUCCCAAACAAUGGCUCCUUCAUGACAAUAGCUCACAGCCAGCAAUCUUCUACCAACACAGUACAUCACCAACAACACAAUCACCCCAGUGGCCAGCCACAGCCUCAGAUAGUGAUGAUGCCUCAGCCUCAGCACCAGGGCCAGUUUGGGGCGGCCACGGGGCAACAUCCACAGCUGACCGGGAACCCUCAGUUCCAGACACCUCAUAUGCAAGGUAUUAGCCGCACAGUUCUGAUUCCUUCAGCUUAUGGAACAACACCAGUUUCAGGGCCAGGUCCGAUGCAUCAGGUGCACCCUAUGGUCCCUCAUUCUGUUAACAUGGCUCCCAGUGGAAUACACAUGCAAUAUCAUGUGCCUCAUCAAGUGCCAUCACAGGGUCCUCAACCUUCAGUCCAGUUCCCUCAGCAUCAGUGAACAUAACUGGUAAAGAAAGAAGAUUCUACCCUAAAGAAGUACUCGUUAGUUCAAGACCAGGAAAUUGAGCUAAACUGCUGUUGCUGCUGCUGUUAUUGUUGUUGUUAUAAAAAAAAUCAAGAAUCCAAGAAAUACAAGUUUCAAAUAGAAUAAUUGAUCAUGAUUUCAGUGAAGAAGAUCUUGAGGCUUUUCACUGAAUUAAAAGGAUUAAGUCAGUCAAGUCAGUGUUGAGGAUAAAUAAAGAUAUCCCUUCCAAAGAAUUCAUAUUAAAAAUAAUUUUAAGUAAAUGGAAGAGAAGAUGACCCGAGAGUUUUAGAUGUUGGUUAUGUUGGAAAGGGGGGCAGAAAAGAAUUUUACCUAAAACUGUUCAGUGUGAAGUUGCACCUAGAUGCCAAAGGAUCUGGAGAGAGGAUGUUACAAGAGUUGGAUCUAUUGGCAUUUCAUGACGUGGAGUUGUUGAAUACAGGGUCAGGAAAUUGCCCCCAGGAAGAUUUUGUACACCCAGAAAAGAUGAAUAAAAUACAGAUAAAAAACUCAUUGAUGAGUCAUAUAAAUUU